AGAGAACAAAUAAACUUCAGUUUUUAAGGGUUUGGUAGAGUUAAGCAUUCUUUCUUCUGUGGCUUUGUUAGAGUUCAGUUCCAGUGUAUUAGUUUUACUUAAGCCAUGGACCAAUUGUACCUCUGCUCAAAUUAUUCCAGAAAGUCCUUCAUUGGCAAGUUUUUUCCUAGUGUUAGACUACUAGUUCCCAGUGAAUAGAUAAAUAUUGUUUUUUUCAAAUUGAAGAGGAAUAACGUAACAACGUUUCGUUUGUUCUAAUGGAAAGGUACUUGAUAGUUAAGGAAGUUGGUAAUGGUUCAUUUGGGAAUGUAUGGAGAGCUUUGAAUAAACAGAGUGGUGAAGUGGUUGCGAUUAAGAAAAUGAAGAAGAAGUAUUAUUCAUGGAAAGAAUGCAUCAACUUGAGAGAAGUCAAGUCAUUGAGGAGAAUGAACCAUCCAAAUGUAGUUAAGCUCAAGGAAGUGAUUAACGAGAAUGACAUAUUAUACUUUGUGUUUGAAUACAUGGAGUGCAACUUAUAUAAUCUUAUGGAGAAUCGGCCUCAUUUUUUCGUAGAGUCACAAGUGAGAAUUUGGUGCUUCCAAAUAUUUCAAGGUCUUGCAUCCAUCCAUCAACAAGGAUACUUUCAUCGCGAUCUUAAGCCAGAGAACUUGUUGGUUUCAAAAGAUUAUAUGAUAAAAAUUGCUGAUUUUGGUUCUGCUAGGGAGAUCAAUUCUCAGCCUCCAUAUACUGAAUAUGUCUCAACACGCUGGUAUCGUGCCCCUGAAGUUCUUUUAGGAUCACCAAUAUAUGGUCCUGCUGUUGAUAUGUGGGCAAUGGGUGCAAUAAUGGCGGAGUUAUUAACUCUUCGUCCUCUAUUCCCUGGUUUGGGUGAAGCAGAUGAGAUUUACAGAAUAUGCAGUGUUAUAGGUACUCCAUCAAAGAGUGAAUGGGCUCAUGGACAUGAACUUGCUGCUGCUAUCAACUACCAGUUUCCACAGAUACGUGGUGUAACUCUGUCUAACGUACUCCCAUAUGUUAGCGAGGAUGCAAUUAAUCUAAUAACUUGGCUUUGUUCGUGGGAUCCUUGCAAGAGGCCAACAGCGGUGGAGGUUCUUCAGCACAAUUUCUUCCAGAGUUGCUUUUAUGUACCUCCAUCAUUAUGCUCUAACACUGCUGCUGCUCCUCCAUCUGUUGGAAUUACGGCAAAUCCCUUAGUAUAAAGCAAUUAACCUAAGCUCAGGAUGUAUACAACAAGAAGAGAAGUGAUUAAAGGCUAGGAACAUUUUUUUUUUGUUUUUUAAAAAUAUGUAAAGUGGCAGUGUGGGAUAACACCUUAUGCUACAUUUUUCACUGUGCAAUUUUCUAGUGAUAUUUGUUUUAGGUUUAAAAUAGUUUAUGCGAAUCAUGGGAACGCUACAAAGGAUAAAAGAUGUAAUUGAUAAUUUUUUGUUACAGCUAUUGAAUUGAAUUUUUUGGACUAAUAUCAUCCUGAAGUAUAAUUAAAAUUUUUAGCUUGUAGGAUUUGAGAAACGCCUGAGCCUGACUAGUAAAUAGAUAUGCACAUAUAUAUGACUAGUAACUAUUACUAUAUAUGUGUCCAAACACCUCUGAUGAUGCCGCUGAUAUUUGGGGGGAAUUGAGAGUGAAGAAAACUCAAAAGGCAGAAGGUAAAGUUGUUGUCAUUUCACCAGGAGGUCACUGGUUCGAGCUGUGGAAUAGCCUCGGCAUACAAUUGACCCUUAUGGUUUGGCCCUUCCUUGGAUCUGCGCAUAGCAGGAACUUGGUGCACUGGGGCCCCUAUUUUCUCGGAGAUAGUCUGGUAUGGCUGCCCUUAUUAACUAUAUUUGUGUAAUGGUAGUGUCAUUUCCAGCUUUCACCUCGACAAAUCCAUCAGACGAGCUGCCACACCUACGGGCUACAAGCAUAGUUGUUGGAUAAUCCAUCCUACCAAAGUUAGGGCAAAUGUGUGUGUUUGACACAUAGUAUUGUACUGCGAUAUAAAUUUAGGAUUUUCCUGUUGUUAUUCCUAUGCCUCAACCACUCAGCCCUCCCUUUUGCAAUCUAUCUAGUAAAGGGGGGCUAUAUUUUAAUAAGUAAAUUAACACCUCGA